AAGUCAUGUUGGAACAAUUGUACGAAAAUUAAUUGUGCAAUUAUAAAUUUACAUCAGUGAACUGAAUGCAAUACGUGUUUCGAUUAAUUAAAUAUUUUUCAAUGUAGACUACUGUAGCGGAAUUGGUGCUAUCAGAAUUGCAGCACACCGUUGCCAAAAUGAGCAAAUGCUUUCUCGCGUAGACUUCGUCACAGUUUGUGUGAGCACAUGUCGUCGCCGAGAUGCGUUUUAAAAUAACAACAGAGAUAGUAAACAGCGAUUAAAGGUCCAUCAAUCAGCCCCAGAACUUCGCCGCACGGGCUCUGAUUGUUCCACGCUCGAAAGUAUUUGUUAUCUGCGACCGCCAAGCGCAUUCAGUCACCUUCCAAAGUUCCUAGCAUACAUACCAAAACAGCGAGAUGCGCCCUAAAUUGACGCUCCAACAGCUGAAUGCGCUCUCGCCCGGAGAGUUUCACAAAACGUUCGAAAACGUGAUAGAAUGCUGGCCAGAAGCUGCCAUAUUCUGCUCGGCCCUGUUGCCCUUCAAAAGCUUCGCCACCAUGAUCGCUGCCUUCCAAAGCUAUCUGGAGCGCUUGCCCGCCGAGACGAAGCUGAAAAUACUGCGCCUCUAUCCCGAUCUGGCCGGGAAAAUGCUGGACACAAACCAACUGUCGGAAGACUCAACAAACGAGCAUGCAUCGGUGGGUCUGGAUAACUUGUCGCCGGAGGACAAAAAGAAGCUAACGGAUCUGAACGAAAGUUACAAGGCAAAGUUUGGAUUUCCGUUCGUGGUUUGUGUUCGGGAAGCGUCCAAGUUUGAAGUGAUACUUCGCAGCGUAUCGGAAAGAAUCCAUCACACCGUUGAGCAGGAGCUGGAAAUUGCAUUGGAGGAGGUGAAGAAAAUUUGCCGCCUACGAAUCUUGCAGUUGGUUGACAAUCUGUGAAACUGGUUAGAAUACCGUGCUAAAUGUUGCUGAAAAUGGUGUUAUUUUCAUUUUAAUAAAAUUUGGUAAAAGGCUGUUUCCCCCUUUGAAGC